AUGAGCCUGUUUGGAAUGGACAGGUGUAAGCAAGGCUUUCGGGAGAAAAAGAAAUAUACGACACCCCAAGGCUCCACCGUUGAUGCCAAAGGGCUUUUCCAGGCCUUGCUGGCAGAUGCUAUAGGUAACGCGUUUGUUAUUGAUUUGGAAAAAUGCAAGACACCAGAGGCCAUGGAAACUGGCUCUAAGGCUAAUGUUUUGUGUACACACUAUAUACAAGAAGCGAAGGUGCGCGCCACUCUCAAACCUAUUCUUUUUCUAGUAGCAAGCGGCGACAUUGAGACGGCUAAAAGGAAGGCGCGCAACUUCUCCCAGGACUUGAAACAAGCAAAGGAGGACUGGGAAGAUGUAGAAAAAACACAGGCAAUCGCGAGAGUUCAUGCUGCAAUGUCCGUUACCCUGAGCUUUGCUCUGUCUUCGUGGAAGGGAACGCUCGCAUCUUGGAUAGCUAGUAUAAAGCUACUAAGGCCGUUGCUUCGCAAAGUGUUGGGUGAAGUGACUGCUCAAAUAUUUGAGGGUAACGAGGAAGCAACGAGGUUCGGUAUAGAUGUGGACAGCGUGGAGAAACACCCGGCGGUUACCAGUGGGGCGUUGUUAAAGUACGCCCAAGUGCAAGUAAUGCGCGUUGCAACAGAAGCUCGAUUCUUUUGUCACACGGGAUAUACGGGACUUGGCAGAGCACUUGGCGGUGCACUGAAGACAGUCACACGUAGUCUAGCGCGUGCAGAAGUGAGCGACAGCAGGCAAGAACCCGAUGGAAUAGCGGACUUCUUGCCUAGUUAUAUGUUUUCUGAGAUAUCAUCUUCAUCGAAUUUUGUCAAGACGGCCCCUCGUUAUCCGAUGAAGUUCCUGAAUACAACUGUGCAUGACUCCCUCCCCUCCUUUGUGACCACGCGAAUCUUUAAGAAACCACGUCGUAUAGCUGGUUCAGUCAUGGCCUUGAUAGGCUCUACAACGGGGAAGAAGCUGAAAAAGAUAUUGAAGAAAGUCGAAGUUGGAGGAAAACGCGUAUUCGCAGACAGCAACUUUCUUAAAAGACGAUGGUGGAGCGUUUUAGGGGCAAUCGUGCGAAGGCUACGGGUGAGGGAUCAGCUGAUGCUGCCACUUGUCGUUUUGUUGGCGCUUCAUUUCUUUGUCAUUAGCGUUUCCUUUGCUGCUGUUGCAACGGUGGCAACACAAGCUAUUGGCGCUUUCUGCGUUUUAGUGGUGGUGCUCAUGAUGCUAGACCUCCUGCAACUGGAUGCUUCACUCAACCUAGCCUAA